GUCACAAAAAGUUUUCUGAAAAAUAUUUUUUUGUUUACGUUCGUCACUUUCUUGCAUUGAAGUGAUUUUUCCUUGCAAUUAAAGCAGAGCUGAAACCAUCGUUAAAAUGGUAAUUUACGGUGUUUACAUCGUAAGUAAGUCGGGCGGCCUCAUAUUCAAUCACGAUCACAACAUUCCAAAAGUAGAAAACGAAAGGGUGUUCAGUUACCCGAUCGAUUUAACAUUAGAUUACGAUCCCAAGAGGGUAUCGGUUGCAUUCGGACAAAAAGACGGCAUCAACGUCGGUCAUGUCCUGAUAGCCAUCAACGGCAUUCCAGUAAACGGUUCGACGACAGAUGAGGGCAAAGAUGUCAAAGAACUGAUCGAGAACGAGCAAAACUUUCCGCUAACACUAAAGUUCAGUCGACCGAAAAUGACGACCAACGAAAAGAUUUUCUUAGCCAGUAUGUUCUACCCGCUGUUCGCCAUUGCCAGUCAACUGAGUCCGGUGCCGAAGAGCUCGGGUAUCGAGGUGUUGGAGGCGGAUACAUUUAAGUUGCAUUGUUUUCAAACGCUAACGGGUGUUAAAUUCAUGACAGUGGCAGAGACAACACAAACGGGUAUGGAUGUAUUUCUGCGAAAGAUCUACGAGCUGUACGCGGAUUAUGUGCUGAAAAAUCCGUUUUAUUCGCUGGAAAUGCCGAUCAGAUGCGAACUGUUCGAUGCCAAUCUGCAGGGGCUACUGGAACAGAUCGAAAAGACGGGCAUCACGAAUAUAUGAAACAGGUUUGAGGUCAACUGUAAAUUAAUUUUAUUCUAAAAUAAUAAAAAAUAAAAAUUUGUCUUUAUAAUCAACG